AUGAGAGAGAACGGAGCAGCAGAGAGGGGCAGUCCUGCGCCGAAGCCCACCGCUAGGAGCGGGCAGAGCCAGGGUUUGAGCCCACACCUCUUGCCUCCCAAGGCCAAGUUAUUUUUGCCGGCGAAUGACAAGGUUGCAAGGGAAAGGGUGGGGCGAAAGCUGCCGCUGCGAUAUUUAAGGAAUGAUGUGUGCCUGGAGACCCUCAGCCUGAACAAGGAUGUGGAAGACGGAGCACCAUCAAAGCCGAGUGACCACUGCAAGGCCGGGAAUCACAAGUUCCCCCACUUAGACUGCGAGGAGCCUCUGACACGGGAUUCCGAUCGAUGA